UUUUUGUUUGUUUGUUUCGCAGAUGACUUUGAAAUAGGAGUUAAGAGCAAUCAGCUUUUCGUCAGCUAUAGCUCCAAAGACAUGGCCUGGAUCAAUGAAAAUCUGAUCCCCAUUCUCGAAAAGCACUCCGUAUCCUACAGCAUUCACACCCGAGACUUUGAGUUGGGACUGCCUAUCGUCCAAAACAUGACAGACAGCGUCUACGGCAGCCGCAAAGUUCUGAUUGUCUUGUCCGACAACUACCUCGUCAGCAACUUCUGUCGAGAAGAACUGCACAUGGCCGUCCAAAGGGAGGCAGACAGCCGAGAUUCUUCGCUUAUUCUCGUGGCGAUCGACAAGUUAAAGAAAAAGAAGUUGCCUGGUCCUUUGAGAAACAAGCAUUUGCUUGACUUUGAGAAGCUUAAGAUAAAACAGGAUUGGGAGAAAAAGUUGUUAAAUGUGGUAGCAGACCCAGGGGCCAAAGUCGCUUAA